GUAACGCAGUCUGCCUCUCUGCUGGCUCAUGUCCAAGACCAAUCUUCACAAGGUCACAAACGUUCGAGAGUUGUGCGUCGAAAGAACGGGCUGCACGUUCUGUUUGCAGUGUCGACAUAAUUCCAGUGUUGGUUUUGUUUCGAGAAACUGAUUCAGUGUUUCACCCCGUUCACAGGGAAAGCAGAGAAAAUAUUAGUCGCUGGCUUUGAAUUACAAUCAAAGAUGGCGCAGUGUCAAACCUUGUGAAAAAAGCAGCAGUAGCAACAACGCCUCUAAUGGUCGAGUAGUCUGUUUUUCUGUGUGCGUGGUCGUGCCGUCAGUUCGCCUUCUUCUUUGCCAGUUUUUUUCCCCCCCAGUCGCCUAGACUUCGUCUUGUAGAAAAUCACCAAAUUCGACGGUGUAAACUUUGGGCAUACCUCAACGAGUGUGUGUACAUGCCGUUACAUAAUGUGGAAAUGUGAUGGAGGCCACAACGUUGCAGCAAACCUGACCUCGUGACGGACAUGAUUAGGUCAUUAUUACGUGCCAUCGAUUGUGGCCUUACGGAAAGCAUCUUUAGUGACAAAACGAUUGGAAACGUACUGAGAAUUUAACAAAAUGAGUGAAACAUUACCAAGUUCGAGCCGGGAGAUGCGGAAUCGGGCGGAAAAGCAGCGGCGUGACAAGCUCAAUGCCUACAUCUCGGAGCUUUAUAGUCUGGUGCCGUCAGCGGCGGCCGCCCCUAGGAAACUGGACAAGACCAGCACGCUCCGUCUCUCGGCCAAUUUCUUACGAAUACAUCAGAAUGUGGAUUUACGGGUCAAACCAUACAACCGAUGGAACGCUCUUGCUGGUCAUACAAUCUUGGAGAAAUUGGAUUCCUUCUUGCUCGUCGUUUCUUGCUGUUCUGGAAAGAUCAUCUACGUGACGGAUCGAGUGGAGAAAUUGCUCGGUCAUGCGCAGGUUGAUAUGAUGGGCUACCAGUUGUCCUGUUUUGUUCACCAGGCAGACCAAGAAGCAAUCGAAAAGCGGUUAAGUGAUUUCGCCAAACAAGUGGCUGCCAAUCCGGAUGCUUCAGAUUCUCUAGAUGGCCAAGUCUACUCGUUCGAAUGUCAUCUGGCCGGACGACAGCUGAGUCGGGGCGAGCCGACCGUCUACGAGCGUGUCAGCGUCUCGGGCACUUUCCGAGGUCCCCGUCGAAGACGCGAAUGGGCUGACAAAAGUAGUGAUAGAUCUGUGGCAACUAUUCAACAACACAACGACUACAGCGAGCCUCUUUUUAUCGGCUUGGUGCGCAUUCUUCAAACCCCCAACACAUUACCUCCCUUGACCAUCAUGCAAGCUGUUCAGGACGAAUAUGUUACUCAGCACACAACCACUGGCACCAUUAUCCAAACGGAUCACCGCAUCGCCGUCAUUGCCGGAUACCUGAGCGGCGAGGUGACGGGCAUGUCUGCCUAUGAUUAUGUUUUCAAAGAAGAUUUGGAGUACACUCUCAAAGCUCAAAAGCUGAUGUUGGAUCGAAGCGAGGGAAUGGUGACCUAUCGGCUCAAAACCAGUACGGGUCGUUUGAUCUUCCUCCGAUCGCGGGGUUUCAUCCAGUACGAUGAGAACACCAAAGAAAUUAUCAGCUUCUUCUGCAUCAACUCACUCAUCGACGAAGAACAAGGUAUGAAGGAGAUGCAGGAAAUGAGAGCCAUGCUGGAUAAACUUAACAUAGGAAAUGUUACACCGGCGAUCACGUCAUCACCAACCAAUGCGAUCGAACCGGUUGCAGCAGCUUCUACUCAAGAACCACUUUCUCGCUGUGUUCGGGCAUCCUUGGGCAAAGCGCCUUCCGCGCCGUCUAAUGGCUGCCUUGCGAACGGGGCUAGGGUCUCUGGUCUUUCGAGAUCCGGUCUCAUGCCCAAUGGACAGUCCAGUUUGUGUAUUUCACCCGCCUCUGAACUUCAGUACUCUCCAUCGGGAUCGUCAACGGCCUCGUCUACUUUUGAAGAGCGUUGCCAGUCUGUCACUCCUCAUUCGAUUGUAUCAUCUCACACGGAAAUUCCUAAUUUAGUUGCUGUCCCAUACCCAUUUGCACCCAUACCUUUCCCAUGGCGACCAACAGAAGUGUCAUCGAUCACGACGACAUCUAACGGCGUCGUCAACAUUCAAGAAGUCAGCAAAUCUCCAGAAGUGGAUCCAGUCGAUUGUAUUGGCGCACCGGGAUCGCUGGUGGUUUCAAUUGAUCAUCAAUGGGAAUCGGCUCCUAAUAGUCAGAGCGUCGUCAUCCAGCAUAACGAAUCACUCAGUCAUCAGCAGCCCUUGACACCUGUGAAUAAUGUGCAAGCUCAUUCACUUCAGUCAUCACCAAGUGAUAAUGUAGAUUCAAUUCGCUCUACGCUGAAUCCGCCGUCCUCCUGUUCGGUUGUUCAAGUUCCCUACCAACAACAUCCAGAGGAAGUUCUGAAAAUCUCUAUUCCGGAACGUAGCUCACCCAACGAAUCGAAUAGAAACAACUAUCUCAACGGAUACAUCAUUUGGCCUCAGAAGAUGUCCCCCAAAAAUCGAAAGGAGAAUUUAAUAUUGUCCUACUUGGACUCGGACAAGCAUUUGUACAAACAGUCGGAGAUCGCCGGAACGGACCAACAUUAUUUUCCUGGUGAAUUGAAAGUGAACACUGGAACUAGUAGUCCGUGAUUUGUAAUGGAUUUCACUAGAAACAAAUAGCCAGUGAACGGCAUUUAGAUGAAAAAGAUUCACUCUGACUACGGUAUGAUGCCAACGAAGUCCAGGAGACUGUUGACUUCUAAUAAGCUGUUUUAAUUCAUACGUAUCAUUUAUACGGGGGAAAAUCGUGUUCAUUCGUUGGUUUCGACAGAGUUUGAAGUCUCGUCAACAGCUAAAAUUCGGCCGUUUGCUUUUGAAAUGUCCAGUUUCAGCAACGUGUCGUUUGAAGGUCGAUUGGGUAUGACGGUGUUGUCAUGGAAUCCACACAUUAAAAGAAAAAAAGCAUUGCCUGGUGUUCCUCUCACCAACGUCUCUCGAUUUCCACUCAUGCUGUUGAUGUGUUGUUGCAUUGAUCUCGGGUUAGUUAAAUCGCACGAUAAAGCGGUGGCUGCAGGGGGGAGGGGAGGGGGUUUCUGUGUAUCGAUGACGGCUCGUAGUGAGGGAUGGUGCUAUCUUACCAUUGAUUUCGUCUCGCAAUUCGCUCACUUUUUUAACCGAUUUGGUUCAAAAUUUCUUUCAUUUCCGUUCUGCUCCCGAUCAGUAGAAGCAGACCUGUGAAUUGCAUGCAGACUAUGAAACACUUUGAGGAAGAAAAAAGAAUCGUUUCGUUCUUUUAUUGUAACGGUCGUGUGUGUUGAUGUUAUGCUGUCGAGUUUGAGUUCCGGUCAAACUGAUAUUCCCACUGUCGGCUGCCAGAUUCUAUUUCUCUUCGUCCCUCUAGGCCUAUUGUCUGUGCUGAAAAAACCUCUGGCUCGGCAAACGGUUAAGUGCAAAUAUCGUAUUUUGUUUCUAUUUAGCAAAAAAUCGCAUUUUAAAACCCUUUAUUUUAUGUACAUAAGCCCUAAUUCCCAUCGUUUUGCUCAAGCAGAAUCACUGCUACGGGAAAAAUUCAAUGGUCAACUGUUAGAAACAAUUUGGGAAGUAACUAUAUUAGCUGUACGAAAUUGAAUCUAUUAUAUCAUACCAGUUCUACUAAAAAAAAUACCGAAAAUGUGCACAUAUGCAGUGAGGUCUAUUGCUCAACGCACUGCGAGCCAUAUAAUUCAGCUGGUAGACACAAACGAUAAUAAAAAAAAAAUCAUGAAACAGGUACGUGAAGCUUCAUCGCUCAUAUAAUCUAAGACGAUGGUGUUAGAUCAACAAGUAUUUCAUUUGUGCUGAAUUGCGAGGCUUAACAAAGAUUAAUUUUUUUUAGACCGCUCCGGUGUUUUCGUGUUUCAGUCUGACACCUUCGUUGUCGUUAGAUAGUCCAAUGUGUCGGUUACUCUUUUGUUUUUUUUUCCUUUUUUUUUCCUUAAGGAUUUCAUAAACCAAAUUACUCGGCAUUUGCUACACUUUUGUUGAAAAAAAAAAUAAUGCUGUCACAUCAGUACACGUCGCGGCAGUGAUCUACGAUGGGAUUAGUUAAAUAGAACUAUGAGAGAAACGCACGGGAGAAGCUUUUUUUAACUCGAGAGAUAAGCGGUAGAAACGUCACCCACCAUUUGUCGUCAAAAGCGUUAUUCUAUAUUAAAUGUCUGGGUGUACAUUCCCACAAGUGUACGCUCAUGUGUGAUUUUUUUUUUCACUUUUCUCACGAUUGUGUUGUUAUUUGCCCCCCCGUGAAAGAAUAAAGUUUUGUUAUCUU